AUUCGCAGUCAGACCAUACACAAAGCGAAAGAGAUUCGCCCAGUGUUUAGCUCCCCCACAUUCUGCACCUCGGCGCGGCCCCAGGCAGACAUGGUCAAAUUAUCCUUCAACUCGACGCUGAGCCAAAAGGACGGAAAGAAGGAAGAUGAGAAUAAUGAAGUGCUUAUCAUUCCCGAGGCCAAGGAGCCUGAAGACAUUGUGCCACUUGGACAGAGAAGGGCGUGGUGUUGGUGUAUGUGCUUUGGCCUAGCGUUCAUGCUCGCUGGGAUUGUUCUGGGUGGUGCAUAUCUCUACAAAUACUUUGCUAUGCAGCGUGGUGUUUACUUCUGUGGAAUAAGGUACCUUGAGGAUGAUGCAGCACUUACUGAACCUUAUGCAGAGACCCCAGUGCGCUACCAUUCAUUUAAGGAGAGCAUUCAAAUCCUGGAGGAGGAAGAUGUUGAACUGAUCAAUGUGCCUGUUCCAGAAUUUGCUGACAAUGACCCCGUGGACAUUGUUCACGACUUUCACAGGAAACUGACUGCAUACUUGGAUCUGAAUCUGAACAAGUGUUAUGUCAUUCCUCUGAACACAUCCAUCGUCAUGCCACCAAAGAAUUUCCUGGAACUGCUUCUUAACAUCAAGGCUGGAACGUACUUGCCCCAGUCCUACUUAGUUCAUGAACAAAUGAUUGUUACUGACCGUAUUGAAAAUGUAGACCAACUUGGAUUCUUCAUCUACCGCCUGUGUCGUGACAAGGAGACUUAUAAACUCCAGCGCAAGGAGACUAUUCGAGGAUUCCAGAAACGGGAAGCUGAAAACUGCCAUACAAUUCGACACUUUGCUAAUAGGUUUGCUGUGGAGACACAGAUUUGCGAGCAUUAAAUCAAUAAGUGAACCUGUCUUCAACCAUUUUAACAGUAUAGCCCUACCUUUUUGUUGUGUGCAGUAAUUUUUUCUAAGGAAGGGUUUUAUUAUUAGUGAACAGGCAUUUGCAAACCAUUUUUGAACAUUCAUCUCGUAUAAUAUCCAGAAUAGGUUUUUAAGUAUUUGUUUUUCCUCUUCCUUAUUUCAGCUUUCAAGUGUGGUGUUUUAUUAUAUUUUUUUUCAGUGUAACAAAUUAGUAAUGUAAAAAUAAGGGUUUAAGCUUGCUAAAAAAGAAAGUGUGACCUAAAACUGAAAAAAAGUUUUUAAUGGUCACGAUUUACACCUUUUAUUACACUUUGCAUUCCAUGACACUGACAUCACUUCCACCAGUUAUAGCAAAACGUGCGCAUCUAUUAACGUCUUAAAGUCUGUUUAAUAUUGCAUGUUCAGUCACUUGAAAAGACCUAAAUUUAACAACUUUGUAUUUUAAACUAGAAACAUAUAUAAUGAUGUUUCAGAAGAGCUCAGGGCUACAACAAAAAAGGCAGUGAUUAGUGUAACAUAAAAGUAGUGUUUCAAAUUACAUGUACCCAAUUCCCUAUUCACUGAUUCUAGAUUUAUUUAAGGUUUGUUUGGAACUGGAAGUGGGUGUACGACGUUAGGUGUCAUUUUGUGGUGAAGAAAAGAAAUUCUCAGUACAGUAGUGCUGAUUAUAGUAUGUCUGCUCUGGUAAGUUAGCAGAAUCAUUGAAUUCUUUUCAUUUCCAGUUAUUUAUAAAGUCUAGUAACUCUGGUUUACUUAAUAUAAUUUUAAUCAGGCCCGACCUGCUGAGUUUACACUGGAUCAUAUUAAUUUAAACCGUUUAAUUUUUUUAUUUUUCACAUGGUCUCUACGAUAGAUUGUACACAGUGUAAGAUGCUGUGAUGGAGCUCAUGCACCAUUAAGCUAUUCAGAAGUGUGCAAGGCCAAGCAAUGGAUGAAUAAUUUACUCCUUAGUUUGCUUCCUUACAAAAAUGAAUACUCAUUUGAAGGUAAAUUAUCCAAGUCUCUUUAGUUGCUUGGAAAUGACAGGGCACUGGGCCAUGGUUUAGUUUAUUGACAAAUUUGUAGUUAAAAUAAGGGGUGGUUUUGUAUGUGCACAUUUGCUUUAAGGAAUAAUGCUAACUCUUUGUUUGCAUGUCACCCAGCAAAUUUGUAGAUUUUAACAAGUGACCUGCCUUUAAGCUCUAUUAAACUGAAAAUAUCUAUAUGACCUAGCAAACAGUGCCGUUUUUUAUUUUCAUGUUUAACUUUUUUAAUUCUUGUAAACCUUAAUGGUUGUUUUUCCCUUCUUCUGGCAAUAUUUAAACGAGCAAAGAAUAAAUGAAUUAGAAGUAAUGUGGUACUAAUUUGUAUAUAAUCAUACUUGUAAAGGAAUAAAUCUUACACAACUCGUUUAA